UCCUGGUUUCUACAUCCUAAUUUGGUUACGAUGGGCGGGCCUUAGCUAACUGGUGUUAAAAAAUGGUGGAAAAGAUCGUCAGAAGGCCACUGUAGACGGGCGGGAUACAAACAAUUUUAUCUCUGAGUAAAUCAGCCUUGCAGUUAUGGCCAGUGCUGAACAAAUCAAGAAAACCACAGUCAAAGUGCUGUGCUGUGUGGAGAAGGUGUCCUCCUUUGCUUCCUCCAUCGACCCCAUGUUUGGAGUCGUCUCCUCUCUGGUUGGUGUGGCCAGAAAGGGCCUGAUGAAAGAGGAGAGCCAUGCCCUGGACAAGGAUUUCAAAGAAAUCCACGCCCAACUAGAGACCAUCUCCGAGAAGAACAAGCAAUGUCUCAAGAAGAUCCGCACUGAUGAGGUGAACGAAACCUAUGGCAAGUACGAGAACUACAUCAAGCACCAGUACGAGGCCUUCAACGAAAUGGUGGCACGAGUGAAGAAAGAUCCGGACAACAGUCAGAAGUACAUGGAGGACUUUGAAAAGAUUUAUGAGAGGGACAAGUCAGAUAUGAGUCUAGAUGUGUUCUACCGCGGUGUGUUGGGGACAAAAACAUUGUUUGGAAGACCUCUGCUGGAUGUGUACUUGGACAGCUGUGAAGGAGACCAUCAGAUCAUGGAGCGCUGCUGCUCUCAUAUCGCACACCUCUUCCACAUUGGCCUCAUCUCGCUGAUGGGCUACUAUGCUGUUACUGAGGAUGAUGAAGACGAAGUGCGUGACAAGUGGACCGUGAGGGUGCAAGAAAUCCAGGAGAAGAUGGAGGAUGUCCUCAGUCGGUGUAAAAAAUAAGUCAUCUCUAACAAACUCUUAAGAUAGAAAGGAUGUUUUUGGGGUCAAAGAGGGGAGUCUGUAAUCUCAGUGGGAAAAAAUAUAAAUCAUGUAAUAU